UUCGUCCUGCCUCGAUUCCUGAGCUGAAAUCUGUUCAAAUUAUAUUCUUCACGUACUUGCGACAAGAGGGUGGGUGUCAUUGAUAUCUCUCCAUAAGCUCAACCCACGCCAAUUAAUCGAGUACACGACUGAUUGUAACUACUAUUCGUUUACUAUGGGAACUCGCAAGGCCCUAAGUUUUACAGCGGUCUCUUUUUAGGUCAUGUUCGAUCAUGGAUAAAAAUCUGUUGGGCAAUGUGUCAAAAAUAUAAAGCAUUCAACUACCUUUGAUAUCAAAACAUGCGCUCAUACACACAUUAGUUUAUACCAGCUAUGCUAGUCUUGUUUCGAAGGCCCAGAUGUAAGAAGCUAACUUUUAAAAUUGUACGAAGCAGCUGAUACAAGUUUUAUAGCAGUCGAUGUUUUGUGUUUUUAUAACAAAUUCUUAUCUGUUGAUUCGGACUCGACUUUUCCUUAAAAGAGUUCCUUAAUAACAGGCCUUGAAAAGCAUUUAAUUUGAAUAGCACAAAAUGUUAAUGUACUCAAAAAUUAACAGCUGACCGAAAAUAUAUUUUUUUUCAUUUUUGAAUCUGAAGUAUUCCUAAACUGAUACAUUUGAAUCUACAGCAAUCAUUUAUAUAGAAAGCAGGGACAACAGAAUAUAGCACGAGACAAAUCAGGCAUUAAGUGUAAAGGCAAAUAUAGUGAAUGUUUAUAGGCACUUAAAUGUGAAGAGACUUUCGGGCGAAUUGCAUUAAAGAAAUACUUAAUUCCAGAUACUUUGGAUGGUGGCAACCGCGCGUCAGAGCCUCUGCCAUGUGGGCUUACAUCAUAGCAGCGGCUCGUGGCGACUCGCGACAAGCCAUGCAUAAACGAAAUUCGUCAGAUAACGCUUUAGACGAUCAUAUUUACCCAUACCGCGACGGAAAACCGUUUACACUGACUGGGUCGAGUGGGCCUCACCCAGGACCUUCGGGAUUGAGCAAACGAGACGCCAUGCGUAUAUCCCCGCGAUACUCGUACUCACGCUCAGAGAAAUCAUACUCACCGAAACAAAUGAGCCCCAUACAUAUGCGCCACUACAGACCAGGCAUGGAGGAGGCUAUCGAACCCUUUGACGAGGCCCCAAACGAUGGAAAUGGAAGCAACAGCUGGAUGCAGAAACAAUUCUCCAGAUUAACUAGUAACUUGCGUUAUCGAAUCAGUGGGGAGGGUCAUUCCAAGCCACCAGACUGGUUCCUGGACAAGUUCGCUGCGCAGACUUUUUCCGAUCCUGAAGAACCUCUGUAUCAAGCAAAGAGCUCCAAGCUGUUCUGUGGGCUGAAGCUUGCAUUUGAUCCUACGCUCCCAGCACAUUACCACUGGCUGGCUGUGGUGUCCUUAGCGAUUCUGUACAAUGUGGUGUUCGUCAUCGGCCGAGCUGUUUUCUGGAAAUUGGACAACCUCACUCCGUUCUGGUUUGUGCUGGACUACCUAUGUGAUGCUAUUUAUCUCAUCGACACCGUUGUACACGUCCACGAAGGCUAUCUCGAACAAGGUCUUAUGGUUAAGGAUCCGAAAAUGCUAAGACGGCAUUAUUUAAAAUCAGUUUCAUGGAGAUAUGAUUUGAUAUCAUCGAUACCUACUGAUAUUGCUUACUAUUGGUGGAUUCCCGGAACUUGCGAUCAUAAAUGUUUGCCAUGCCCUGUUAUUGUGCGACUCAAUCGACUGUUUCGCCUGCCUCGAAUGUGGGAGUGGUUUGAUCGCACUGAAACCGCAACAAGUUAUCCGAAUGCUUUCCGGAUAUGCAAGGUUGUUAUGGCGAUACUCGUACUUAUUCAUUGGAACGCAUGUCUUUAUUUUGCUAUAAGCUAUGCUAUUGGAUUUGGAACAGAUAAUUGGGUUUACAAUAUUAAUGGAACCCGCAAUGAAACCUUGGCUCAUCAGUACAUUUAUAGUUUUUAUUGGUCCACUUUGACACUCACUACCAUUGGAGAAACACCACAGCCAGAAAUAGAUUCUGAAUACCUGUUUGUCGUCGCAGACUUUCUAGCUGGAGUAUUAAUAUUUGCUACCAUAGUGGGAAAUAUUGGAUCUAUGAUUUCCAACAUGAACGUUGCUAGAGUAGAAUUCCAGAACAAAAUGGACGGUGUGAAACAAUACAUGGCAUUUAGAAAAGUAAGCGGUGAGCUUGAAGCCAGAGUUAUUCGUUGGUUUGCUUACACUUGGGCGCAAAGCGGAGCACUAGACGAAGAGAACGUUUUAUCUUCUCUGCCCGACAAAUUAAAAGCUGAAAUCGCUAUUCGUGUUCAUCUAGAUACACUGCGCAAGGUACGAAUAUUUCAAGAUUGUGAACCCGGCCUUCUUGAAGCUCUGGUAUUGAAAUUGAAACUACAAGUUUUUAGCCCUGGUGACUACAUUUGUCGAAAAGGUGAUGUUGGCAAAGAAAUGUAUAUUGUGAAAAGAGGAAGACUUCAAGUCGUUGCUGAUGACGGCAAAACUGUGUUGGCUACUCUGAGCGCUGGGUCUGUCUUUGGCGAAGUGAGUGUUCUGGAGAUAGCUGGUAAUCGUACCGGUAAUAGAAGGACAGCUAAUGUGCGAGCUUUGGGCUAUUCAGACCUGUUUUGCUUGGCAAAAAGAGAUCUUUGGGAAGCACUCGCUGAUUAUCCUGAUGCAAGGGCUACACUAACUGAACGUGGCUGUCAAUUAUUGAGGAAGGAUGGCUUGCUUGAUGAAGCUGUUUUCGAAAAUGCGCAAACUACUCAACAGAGCAUGGAGGAAACUGUGCAUAAAUUGGAAUCUACCGUUGAUAUGUUGAAUAAUCGCUUACAAGGACUACUUACCGACGUCGGUGAAGAACAGGCUAAAAUAAAGCAAAGAAUUUGCAAAAUUGAAUUGAGGGUGUUGGAUACGGACGAAGAUACUGACUCCGACGAUGUCACGUCGAUAGGCGCUUCAGAACUACGAAGUGACAUCGGGAGAGGUUGUGAUGCCUCGGGCUAUAGCGAACUACCGAUGAUCUCUGCUUACAAUACAUCAAUGCAUCUUCUUACGCACUCAGUACCAGUACGUGAACGUGGCCACUCGUUGAGCGUAGAGAGGUCGCCAGGACUCCUUCACCGUGCAGCGGAACCACGCAGUAAAUCUCUUCGUUUAAAACGCAUCCACAAGGAUACAUCAAAAUAAAAUGUUGGCUAAAGUAAUUGAGUAGAUAACUAAAAAUGGAGGGGUUUUAACAACUUUAAGGAAAUUUCAAAAUUAUACAGUGAUUUUGAAAUUUUUAUAUCCAACUUAAAUUAAAUAUAAAUUAUUUUUGAUACCUCAUGGGAGUUUAUAAAAAUUUAAUAAUUGAAUACGAAGAAAAUGGGGUAAAAUUACAGGAAAAUUGAUAGAAUGGCGAUUUAAAAAUCCGAAAGUGGGACACUCAAAAUUGUGUAGAUAUCGUUCGAACAUAUUUUUUUUAUAGAAAAUUAGUAGCUAUUUUUUUAAUAAUUCUUAGAUAUAUUUGCUUAAAAUUCGAUAACUUAAAUAUAAUUUAUUCGAAACCACGUAAACAUAAACGAGUUUGAUCAGUUUGGCUAUAACUCAAAAUCGAAUACUUCGUUAAUAAAAUAUUCUUAAAACGGUAAAUGAAUGAAAGUCUUGUCAAUGGGAAGUCGCUUUAAAGUGUGAAAGCAAAAUGUUUUUGUAAGGGAGAAACUAACGAGAUUUUUAAGGUGCGGUGUUUAUACGAAGAAAUAUGUUUAACAUCAAAAGUUUAGUCUACAUUUAUUGUACCUAUUUGUAACAUAGGAUUAAGACAUUAUGACAGUUUUCACAUUCUCGAUUGAGAUUCACAGUAUAUCAUGAAAAAUUUACAAUAAAAAAACAUUUGUGACAGUAUGCCAUCCUCGUGUUUCAGAUUUUAGUUGUGAGAUCUAGAAGGAUAUAUUUAAAUCCUCUCAAUAUUAAGUAAAUAGAAUUGAAGUAGAUUGACAUAUAAACAUUAGCUAUACUGUAUUCUCUAUAUUAAAUUUUUCAUAUCUAGUAGCAUUUCUGAUAACAUAUUAACAUUAUAUCUAAUAUUGAAUUAUCAUUAUUAUAACUCAAAAAUGUAUUGAAUAGAUGUAAUAGUUGUAAUAGUUGUACCUACAUUGAUAAUAUAAUAUUCCUGACAUUUGACUUCAGACCCAUAAGGUACAGAACGAGUGCAACACUGACUUGUAAGACUUUGGGAGACACUGACCGUGGUUAAAAAACGUCGCCUGUAAAUGUGUUGUGCGGUACAUACAUAUUUGUGGCCAUACAUUAUCAAGUAAAUGAUGUUACAAAUACGCAAACCCUUGCAACAAAAUCACUGAACAACAUUUUGUAAGUACUAUCGUUUGCGAUACACAACAUUUUGGCAACUAAACACAGACAAGGCGUCACAUGUUUUAUCACAACUUUUGAUUAACCCAAUCGAGUGCCUCUCAAAUGAUAUCACAAUAUUAGCAUAGAUUUGUUUUUAUCAUUGAUUUCUCUCGUAUAUGUAUUCAGUAUAUAUAUAAGCAUGGUGAAAAUACUAUACAUGUGACUUUAAAGGCACGCACUUUAUUUCUCUGAUGUUGUAGCUUUUUAAUUAAAUAAGACAAUUUUGAUGAUAUUAUGAAUACUUAGUUUUAAUGAAUUCGUGUACCAGUAAAGUUAUAUCGUUAUUUUAAAUCCGUAGCAGUGAUGAUAAGAAUGUAAAUAAUUAUUUCCACGAUAAAUAUUUCAACAGUGUCCAAACUUGUUUCAUGAACAUUAAAUCUUACUACUUACUUAAA